GGCGUCGCCUUGGAUACGUAGUGCACUACGUAGGGUGUAGAAUCCGCUGAUCACACGCACUAUGUAGAGCGCCGGGAUAGUGACUAGGAAGCUGUUUGGGAUUGAUCCAGGGCCUGAACUCUGUAGACUUCCUUUUAUUGCGGGGUUUGAUGGCGGAGAAGCGGUAGAUAGCGGGGGAAGAGUUGUGUUUCACCCAGUUUGGCCAGACUGAACCCGUAGCUUAAGCUUCCUUAGAGACGGUUUGGAGAAUAUUUUGGAGCGAUUUCUCUCCUGUUGUGGACAGAACCGGACUCAGUUCUGCGUUUUUUUUUUUUUUGGUUUUUUUUUUUUGUUCUCCUCCCCCCCUCUCUUGUUGCGGCCGUAGCUGGUCCUUGUGAAGAACCACCAGUCGAUGGCUCUGAUGGACAAACACAAAGUCAAGCGGCAGAGACUGGACCGCAUCUGCGAAGGCAUUCGCCCACCCAUCUUAAACGGGCCCAUGCACCCUCGUCCUCUGGUGGCGCUGCUGGACGGCCGGGACUGCACGGUGGAGAUGCCCAUCCUGAAGGACGUGGCCACCGUGGCCUUCUGUGACGCUCAGUCCACCCAGGAGAUCCACGAAAAGGUUCUUAACGAGGCCGUAGCUGCGUUACUGUAUCACACCAUCUCACUAUCACGAGACGACCUCGACAAGUUCAAAGGGCUCCGGGUCAUCGUGAGGAUCGGCAGCGGAUUCGACAACGUGGAUGUUAAAGCCGCAGCUGAGCUCGGUAUCGCAGUGUGUAACGUGCCCGCAGCAUCUGUGGAGGAGACGGCAGAUACGUCCAUGUGCUUGAUCCUGAACCUGUACCGCCGGGUCACCUGGAUGCACCAGGCCCUACGUGAGGGCACUCGAGCCUCCAGCGUUGAACAAAUCAGAGAGGUGGCAGGAGGAGCCGCUCGCAUACGAGGAGAGACGCUGGGCAUCAUCGGCCUCGGACGCGUUGGCCAAGCGGUGGCUUUGAGGGCAAAGGCGUUUGGUUUUGGGGUGAUUUUCUACGACCCGUACCUGCCCGAGGGGGUAGAAAAAUCCCUGGGGCUCCAACGCAUGGCCACGCUGCAGGAUCUACUCAUCCACUCGGACUGUGUGUCCCUUCACUGCAGCCUGAACGAACACAACCACCACCUCAUCAACGACUUCACUAUUAAACAGAUGCGUCAGGGUGCGUUCCUGGUGAACACUGCGCGAGGGGGGCUGGUGGAUGAGAAAGCUCUGGCUCAGGCACUGAAAGAGGGAAGAAUACGCGGCGCAGCUCUCGACGUCCACGAGACGGAGCCCUUCAGCUUCUCACAGGGGCCUCUUAAGGAUGCCCCUAAUCUGAUCUGCACCCCCCACACAUCCUGGUACAGUGAGCAGGCCUCCAUUGAGGCGAGGGAGGAGGCGGCGCGGGAAGUACGCAGAGCCAUCACGGGUCGUAUUCCUGACAGUCUCAAGAAUUGUGUGAAUAAGGAGUAUCUGAUGACGGCUUCCCAGUGGCCCUCUAUGGAGACCGCCUCCGUGCACUCUGAACUUAAUGGAGCAGGGUACAGGUUUCCGGCGGGUCUGAUUGGUGUAACCCCAGGAGCUCUGCCUGGUGCAGGGGCAGGAGUAGAGGGCAUGGUGGCAGGCACGCUGCCCCUAGCCCAUCCCCUCGCCCCGGUCUCGCACCCACCACACACCCCCUCACCCGGGCAGCCAACCAAGGCAGAGGCUGACAGAGACGUCCCUUCUGACCAAUAGCAUCCCAACACAUUCCAUCGUUGCCCCAGCGAUGCCCUCAUCCUCCCCCCCCCUUUUUUUAAGGGCUCGAUCCAUGCCGAAGCCCUGCUUUCGACGUAAUAAUUUUUGACGGGUCAAUCCAGUCAAACAGAACACGCAAGUCCAGAUGUGACCCACUCAAAAACACUUCUCCUUGCCCCUUCCUUCGUUGUCGUAUCAUCCGUUUAUUUUUAAAAAAAAAUUUUCCACCUGUGCAGCAAGCAAUAACUCUUUUUCUCAAGGAUUCAGUAAUUGGGUUGUUUUUUUUGUUAGAAUUAGAAAACCCCUUUUUAAUUUUUUAUGCCUUUUUGAAUCUGGACUAGUUGGAGUUUGUUUCUGAGUAGUGUGUCUUCUACCUGCCUUCUGUCUGUCCAGCUGAUUUAACAGUAUAGUAAAGAACACAUGAACCAUUCUUUUAUUUCAGCCUCCCAAGCCUUUUUUUUUUUUUUUUUUUAAAGCAUAGGUUUGACCCUUGAAGCAAAUUUGGAAAAACUGGCUUAAGUCAUUGAAUUUCGUUUCGACCUCAUUUCCAACGGACAGCUAACCAUAGCCACACCUUUCACUAACCGGAUUAGAACGAGAGAGGGACGACGUGUCAUCUGCCUGUUCCUGACAGUAACUCAGUGGCGUUCUCGGACACUUCGGGUUCCGCUUUUCCCUUCAUGUUGAAGACAUUGCGAGCGUCGUAUCGUGUCCAUCCUGUCCUUCCGAAAGAUGACAGACUCUCAUUUCCUGUAAAGAUACUCGUUGGGUAUCGGUUCAGUCAUAUGCUUCACUGUAUCAAUAACGUAUGGAUAAAUGAUAUGUAGGUCUCUGUAAGAGCAUCAUAAAUAUGCCGUUUGUGUACAGCUUUUUAUUGACGUCUGGUCACUUUUCCACUUCUCCAGAGUGAAAUCUCCUCGACUUUUAACAGUGUAGAUGUAUGAAAUCUCUAUUUUGUGCGUGUGCAUCUCUGAACUUCACAGUGAUUUAUGAUUCUCUUAUAAAGACCGUGCGAUUGGGAAUAUUCAGUAGGCUGUGUCUUUACACUUAAUCUAUCAUUACUUUCACUGUUAACUCCAUGAAAACUGGAGGGGGGAGGAGGGGGGGGGGAUAAUGCAAGCACAUUUUCAGGUGUCUUAAAGGGCCGGUGUUCCACUUUUCAGAUUUUCACCUUAAGUGUUGUGAUACUUUGAGUCGUCUUUCUUUUUUUCAGCUGGGAUUCUGUUACUGUUUGUUUGUUUAAAAAAAAAAAAAAAAAAAUUAUUUUGGGACUCCUGCUCUCUUCUAAAAUAUACACAUAUCCUCCACCUUGAUAUGCCUAGCUCUUUUUUUGUUUUUCUUAUCUUUCCAUACUUCCUGGAUGUGCCUCCCUGGGUGGUUCAGCUUUUUCACACUGACCUUUGUACAUUAUUCUCCUUAUCUCCGAUAGUCCUUCCUUCUGCUCCUGCUCUUCCCAUGACAUCACUGUGUGAGGAAUCGGGCUGCCAGGCGCUUAAAUGAAGAUGAGAUCUCACACACACACACACACACACACAUGCGCGAAUGUUUUGUAUGCAGAUCUCUGUAGUAACAUGAUAUGGCCAUUAGGGGUCAAUGACAGUGUAGUAAUCUGAGUCAGCUGAAUAAUCCUGUCUCAGCAUUUCUUUUUACCUGCCGCUCUUCAGCCAUGCAGUCGAUCAGUGCUUUUGUCAAAUACGUCGUCGUGCUUAUUGAGAGGGAAGCAGGUAGAACCAGACUGCAUCACUCCAUCCAUCAGCAGACUGUGUGGCUGACUUCCAAAGAUCCACAACGGAGCUGUGGCAGGCGCGCAGUCUGUCCCUUUAUCAGUUAGUAGUGUAAACCUCAAGACGACACCGCAUAUCUAAUCAGUGUUAGCCGGUUUCUUUAUAAUUUUUAUUUUAUUUUAACCUUCUCUUCCUGUUGAGUUAAACCUGACAUCGUACCCCAACAUGCGCACAGUGGGGUUCGGGGUAAGCGUUUGGAUGGAGCUUGUUCGUUGAAAAAACGGUCGUUUUCCAAAGGGGGGUGGGUACAAUCGUGUCCCCCCCCUCCCCCCCCUAGACGAGUCUUUUGUAUGGAAAGUGUUCUGCGUCAAGGGAAACCAGUUUCUAGUACCUCAGUAACAGAUAUUGAAUGUAUGAUCUUCUUGUUCUUCGCUUUGUACAGCUUCUUUUUAGAUUGUACGUCGCCAUUUCGGAACCCGUUGCAGAUAUACGUUUGAGCUUAUCUAACACGCCUUACGAGGAUGUUGUAAUGCCCCUUCUUGGAAUCCAUUUCCUUUAGUGUAGGUAGUUUUGAGAUUGCAGGCUUUCUUAUUCGAGCUUUCCCUGUCUCGGAUUAUGUUAUGAAUGAGCACAAAUCUGCAUCGCCGUUCAUCUAUAUCAGUGGGUCGUCAGAUGGAGUUGGGGUCUGGUCUCGAAUAAGCUAGGCGAUGGUGGAUUUUGGAAAUAAACUCUAAUAGGUUAAAGAACAUUGUACAGAUGUUCGUUGUGGCGAACCUGUUGACCUAAUCGUGAAUUAAAUCGCUGUUUUUGUUUCGAUUUUUCUUUUAUUUCUUGAGAAAUCCAACAAAUAUCAGAACUAAACUAGUUUUUGUGCAUGAAAUGUCUGUUACCGUACAAAUCCUGCUUUUUAAUUCUGCUUUUCUGUCUAGUCGGCCCUUGACUGAUUGACUGAACGUUCUCAUGGAAUUGCGUGUCACUCAUGUGAGCUUGAAUCAAGAUGUCACGCUUGUUUUGGUCAUUUGAUGUCGUCUGACGUCUCCCAUUCUGUCCUUUUCAAAAAGGUUCUAGCUAUACUCUUCAACUUUUUUCAUUUUGACGUGUGGGAUAUUUUUGAACGCUAUCAUUUUCUUCAGGCUUGAACAUCAGCAGUAUGUUUCUGUAUUAUUUAGUGUUCAUGUUGUAUGGAAACAUUUCAAGAAAGACAAAAAAAAAAAAAGACCUCUUCUUCCCGGCAUUCACUUUUAUAGGUCCUUUCCAGCAGCUUGUUUAAAGGGCCGUAGUUUCCAGGUUUUCUUUCUCUCGACUGUAGUAGCCUUAAAUUCAUACACUAUGGUGGACUUGGUCACCCACCCCAUCCCCAUGAAGAGAGGAGACGUUACUCUUUAGCCAUUCUGUGUUCCAAGUUCACAGCUCUGUGUGCCAGACGUGUAUUUUUUACAGAGAACCCGCCUGGUUUUGAUUUUCAACGUGUGAAGUCGGCUCUGCUCUCGCAAAGCCCCUCUCUCAAACCUGGAGCUAUCGCUAAACAUUUAUCGCUACACUGGGUCUGGAGUGGUCACUUUCUCUCUCUCUCUCUCUCUCUCUCUCUCUCUCUCUCUCUCUCUCUCUCUCUCUCUCUCUCUCUAUCUCUUUCUCUCUCUCUCAGGGUUCAAAAUGCGCACACACACACACACACACACACACACCCUCCAGGUGUCUAUAGGUCACUCCUCUCAGAAACUCCAGCAUGAAGAUGGUUCAGAUCGUACUCCUUACAGUCCCGUCAAGCUAAGCUGUGUCCCCUUUUUCUUUUUUUUUUCUUCUCUUCUUUCCUUUCUUUUUGUUUCUGUCUCAUUUCUCGCACUGACAUCUAACAAAGAAAGAAUGAAUGUUUUAAUCGAACUGUGUGUAACCGUUGAACUUGGGAAAUGUAUUUUUACAACAUGUGAACUUUUUAUUCCUUUCUUUCACCACCUUUUAUUUUCUUUGUAAAUUUACCCCUGUCCCAUCACCAGACUGCAAAAACUACAAAAAAGAAAAAGGAAAAAAAAAAAAACUCUUGUAACUAGCCUCUUAAGCUUUACUUUUGCUUUUGUUUUCUUUUUUUUUUUUAUAUAUUAGAAAACAACGAUGUUUGUGAUGGUAACCUCUGAUGGUAAAAUUCCACAAGGUAUUUUAAUAAAAUCCUAAAGAUUAA